AUGUAUAUAUAUAUAUAUAAAUUUCCUUUAGUUUUGUCUGAAACUCAAUCAAAUACAUCAUCACGUCGUACUAGUUCAAUUAGUUCUCAUAUGGCAUCUACUAAUGCACGAUUACGACGUACUAGUAUUGUUACUGGACGACAAUCAUCAAUUAUUGAUACAAAUGAAAGUAAACAACCUAAACAGCAAACACCAGUUAAAGUACUUGUUGUUAAUGGCAAAUGUUCUGAAAUAUUUAAAUCAACAUUAGAAGAUUGUGUUGAAGAAUGUAUAUUAGAAUUCGCAGGUGAAAAUUCAAUUUAUGUACCAAAAUCAGGACAAACUAAACAAAUAUCAACUAGUAAUAAACAAACAAUUUCUUCGAAAGAACCAAGUUCUAAUGUAUAUCAAUCAACAAAAUCAAAUCGUCGAAGAAGUUCAGUUACUCAAUUUAAUUUACCACAAAUUGGAGGAAUGCGUACUAGUCAAACUAGUAAUUUUUCAUUAUCUAAUACGGCUCUAACAAUAACAUCUGCAUCACGCAUACGUCAUUCAAUAGUUCAACCAAAAUUUUCUCUUGCCGAAAAUAUUUCUGAAGAAGCUAUUGACGUUCAAACAACAAUUGAACAAAUACAAAAUCCUUUAACAACUGAACCAGACUCUGAACAUCCACAUAUAUCUCAAGAAGAAUCAGUAACUCGUCAAUCAAAUAAUGAUACAUCAUCUCAGUCACUUUCAAAUUCUCAACGAAAACCUCCAUCAACUCCAACUCAUUUACUGUAUCGUGAUCGUCAAAAGGAUUAUCGUUUAUCUGAUUUAGUGAUGUUGGGACCUGAAUAUUUUGCUCAUAUAUUUAAUCUUCCGCGUACAUCACGCUAUGCUACACAAACAUCAAUUAGACAACGUUCUAGUACUCAACAAGGGCGCAAUAAACCAUCUGAUAAAUAUAGUGAACUUGAUCGAAUAAAACAAGAUCUAUUUCAUCGAUAUUUAUGGACACAAAAACCGCAAGUAUCAUGUCGUAUUCGUCCUAUAUCUACCUAUACACGUAGUACAACAUUUGUCAUUUAA